AGCCGUAGCUCCAGGCGCGGGUUUUGAAGAAAAACUGUCGCGGAGGAGUCAUGGUGCCACCGCGACCGUCCGCAGCUGCCGAAGAGCGGCAGAGAAAGCUCCAGGAGUACCUAGCAGCCAAGGGAAAACUGAAGUGCCAAAACACCAAGCCUUACCUAAAAGCCAAGAAUAAUUGUCUGAAUCCUCCACCUUCUAAAUCUACUGUUGUACCCAAAAAGAACGUUACCAAUUAUGUUGCUUUGCCUGUCAAAGCUACAAGACCCAUCAGCGCUGAACUCCAGCCCCGACCUGCCAAAGGCCCAGGAUCCCAGAAGCCAAAGUUGGAGCCACCAAAACUUCUGGGCAAAAGGCUGACUUCAGGAUGUGUUUCUUCUAACUUAAACUGUAAGCCUUCCAGCAAUCGUCAACAACACCGUGAAGAGGGAUCAUCCACUACUGGCGAACUGCCUACAGAAACUAUGGGGUCACUUAAUAUACAGGAACUGAAAACUGCAAAGCAGCAGGUAGCAGAUCAAGGAAAUACUAAGUGUGCAGACUCUGUGGACUGUAACCAUGUUGAAAAUGAAUCCUUAGAUAGCUUUCUAAAAGAGAUAAACAAAGAAAACUUGCCCCAAACCUUACUAGACUCUGAAAGGAAGUCAAAUCCUGAAUUAUGGACAAUAUGUAAGCCAAAGACUAAGUCUUAUAAUCAAACCAAGAGCAGUUUGGCUCCUAAACAAGCCUUGGGCAAAAGUUCUGGGAAUAGUGCUUUUCUGAAAGACCGAGUUAAUAAACAAUUUGUUGGAAAGACACAAAUUAGGAUUCCACCAGUAAAGUCACAGCAACUCUCUAGAGGAACAAACCUUGCAAGACCAGGAGAAAAACUCCCAAAGACGGCUCCCUAUCACUACGUUCAGACCCUUAGUAGGACUCAAGCAUCAAGGAAACCAGUGGUCAAGGACAUAAAGGAUAUAAAGGUUAAUAGGGGUAAAUACGAAAGACCAAAUGAAACUAAGGUACAGUCACACACUGUUACUGAACAGAAAGUAAAACACACCAAACCCCGGACAUGCCCUAGUGUGCUUCCGGGAGGCUGUAACAACAGACAUCCAAACACUAGGCAAGAUCAGAAAUCCACUCAACCUUGUUGUAGACCUCGGACAUCAUGUGCACUACAAAAAUCAAAAGCCAUAAGCCAAAGGCCUAAUUUGAUAGUUGGCAGUUUCAGUUCAGUCGUUCCAAGCACCCCUAACACAACAGCAAAUGGAACCAAUGGGAAUAGAUGCAGCAACAGCUGUCAACAAAAAGCACAGAUUUUGGACACCAAGUUGAAAAAGACUCUUCCCCAGAACCAUUUUCUCAAUAAGACAGCUCCCAAAACUCAAGCUGGUAACAAAACCAUACAUGGAGGAAGAGUCCCAAAUGGGACCCAAACUAAUCCAAAUAUUAAGAAGAAGAUCACAGCAGAGGACCGAAGGAAACAACUGGAAGAAUGGCAGAAAUCUAAGGGGAAAAUCUAUAAACGGCCUCCUAUGGAACUUAAAACAAAAAGAAAAAUAAUAGAGGAAAUGAAUAUUUCAUUCUGGAAGAGUAUGGAAAAAGAAGAUGAAGAAAAGAAAGCACAACUUGAACUGUCCAAUAAAAUUAACAACACUCUGACAGAAUGUCUGCAGUUCAUUGAAAGGGGUAUACUUUCUAAUGAAGUAUUUACCAUAUUGUCCAGUAUUCCUGAGGCCAAAAAAUUUGCUAAAUUCUGGAUCUGCAAAGCAAAGUUAUUGGCCAGUAAAGGUACCUUUGAUGUCAUUGGGCUGUAUGAAGAGGCCAUUCGAAAUGGGGCAACACCAAUACAAGAGUUGCGAGAAGUUGUUCUUAAUAUUUUGCAAGACACAAACAGAACCACAGAAGGAGUUACCUCUGACUCUUCAGUUGCUGAGACGAAUAUAACGUCAAUAGAAGAGCUGGCCAAUAAAACGGAAUCUGAAAAGUCUUGUCUUUCUCUAAAAGAGAGAGAACAGGUUACAGGAACACCCCAAAUAACCAAGGCUGAGCAGGAUAACCAUCCUGGUAUCAAAUUACAGGUGGCCCCGAUCCCUAGGAUAAGUGGAAUAGCAGAAGUGCACGACAUGAAGCUGAUCACUCCCGUGCGGCGGUCGGCGAGGAUUGAGCGAGCGGUGUCCCGCUAUCCGGAAAUGCUGCAGGAACACGAUUUGGUGGUGGCUUCUCUUAACGAGCUGUUAGAAGUGGAAGAAACAGAGUGUUUUAUAUUCCGUAAAAAUGAGGCUUUGCCUGUCACAUUAGGGUUUAAAAUCCUUGAGUCAUAAUUUCUUAAUGCCUUAAAAAAAAAAAAAAAAAAAAGAUGUUUCAGAUCCUCCAUGAAAGAAGAAACAACCCUUCUCUGGGUGACCUGGAAAAAACUGUAUAACAUACAGGCAGAUUAUGGGCUCUCAGAAUUUAAUAAUUCGCCGGGCUUACUCUCAAAUUUAAUAUCCCCAUGGGACUGUUUGUUUUACUGCUUUAAGACUAUAGUUUGCCACAGUUUUCUAGCAUAAACUUUAAACUAUUUAAUAUUAAUUUACCCCCCAAGUAUGGUAAAAUUUUUCACUUUUUUGAGCUACUUUACUCUCAACUUAGUUCUUUUGUAUGUCAGAAGGUUGGUGCCACAGUAUGAUAGAUUUUCCUUCCUGCAGCCGCCUUAGCAGAGAGGGAGAGACCUCCCAGGCCUGGUGAGCUGAGCUGAGAUGCUCACCUUCCGACAGGAGGCCCUCAUUCUGGAGCUGGUGCUUAGCUGUGCCUUCGCUCAGAGAUCUUAAAUGACUUUCAUGUAUGACUUUGAUUUUGGUCACAUGGUCCCUGUAGAUGAAGGGCAGUUCCUGAGCUUGCCAGGGCUCCUCCAGUGAAACACAACUCUGAACUGGGGGCGUUACCUAGCUGUUUAUAUUCUAAUCUCAUUUUGCAUUUGUUAUUCAGAAAUGCUUCAAAUAAAGACAAGGAGGGGGGAGGGGAGAAACACUUGUUUCUUCAAUUCUUUGUUCUGCUAAGGGACACCUGGCCUGAGCAGACUGUACGAGCCCCAAGAGACUAUUCUAGGCUGCCUUUCCUUCCUCCUGGGCAACUGUUCUUGGGAAGGUAAAAUCAGAAUCAUUAUUUAAAUAUAAUGUAUAGAAAAACCUAGCCAACAUAUUUUGAAUUUUUUA